AUUUUCUCUCUCAGGUUCGCGUCACCUCAACUGUCCGCUUUCGCUCUCCGAUGCUUCCGGCUACUCUGUUAUUAGCUUUCUUUGUGUUUCUUUUAAAGCCACGAUUGAUAUAUGACCAGUGUUGCACACUCGCAGCUUGAAGCCAGAGUCAAAGUGAUUGAUGCCAGACUCUCAGUGUUUGCUACAGGUGGCCCAAAAUAAGGAAGCGGAUUUUAACCGCCAAUGUUGAGCCACACAAAAGUCCUUGAGUUUCGACCACCAUGACAGAUGCAUCUGACAGUCAGCAGCGCGCAUCAGGUAUGCACGCCUCACUAUAAAAGAGGAGCAAGUCAGGGCACCAACACCACCACCAGCAGCAGCAGCAUCAUCCAGUGCGCUCCAGAAGACUUGGCUCCCUCCGCCGCCGCCACCAGAAAAAAAAAAGGUCCAUCCAGCAUGCUGAAACCGUGCAUGAUGUUCGCCGCGCUCCUCUUGUGCUUGCUGGUGUUUUGGGGCAGCCUCGCCGACGCGUACCCUCCCAAACCCGAGAGCCCGGGCAGCAACGCCUCCCCGGAGGACUGGGCCAAGUACCAGGCUGCCGUCAGGCAUUAUGUCAACCUCAUCACCAGACAGAGAUAUGGGAAGAGGUCAUCCCCUGAGCAGGCCGUGGCGUGGCUGCUGUAUGGUGCCGAGCCAAGCCAAGACUCCGAACCACGUUUGGACUAUAACAGUGCGUGGUAAUCGCCCCAAAAGGUGACCCGUCCUCCUAGAAAAGAAUCCAACAAUCAAACCCUGGGAUUUCCUGGAGGGCCAACCCACAGCGAAAUAAUCUAUUUCAAUUUCCUAAUAUGCACGCAUGUUUAUCGUUUUGUUUGUCUGCAUUGCUUCUCUUUGUUUUCUGGGCGACAGUGUAAAUAAUUUGUAUGAGGAAACUAACUUUACAAUAAAGGAAAUAAUGGC